AUGUUAAGCCCACAAGGACAACAAGCCGUUUCCCCGGCUGAUCGAUUAAUCGUGCAAGAAUUCGGCUUUGCGGUUGUUGAUUGUUCGUGGGCGAGCGAUUUACUAAAAAAAUACGCUGCAUGCAAAGAUUCUGGUGAGGUUGUCAAGGUUCAGAAUGAAUGGCUAAAAGAUAUUGAAGAGGAGUAUGCCCAAGCACGCGUAAAAACAGGUGAUGACGAUUCCAACGAUCUAAUGGUAGAAAAUCCUAAUCAUUCUUUAUGGAAUCAAGAUUCUGAUUCUGAUUCUGAUGUGCUCGAAGUAAAAAAUUUUGGUCAGCUAACAUUAAAUGACAAAGAUAAUGACGAUUUCAAUGACACAGAUUCACAAAGCGAAGAAACUAGGGAAAUUAGAAAAAUGUCAAACAGCGAUAGAAAGAAAAAACUGGAAGAAUUAGCAGCCAAACGUAGAGCAGCAGCGGAAGCGGAAGCUACAGGAGGAUCGGCAGCAACUCAGGAUGAAUAUGAGGAUGAUGGAUUCAUUGUUGAUGAUGAAGAAGACAUAUCUGAUUCAGAGAGUCAGCAUUCAUCUGGUGAAAACUUUACUGUGUCCGAUGAAGCUUUGGAGUCUGAUUAUUCCGAUGGUGUAGGAUCAAGUAAAAGAAAAAAGAAAAAAGUCGCGUCAAGUGCCAAGAAGUCUAAAGGCAGUAAUAUUAAAAAGAAAACGACAAAAAGAAAGAAGAUUGAAAGCGAUGAUGAAGAUAGUUCCGAGGAAGAAGUGGUGAAGAAAAGGUCAAGUAAAAAGAAUAAAAAAAAAAAGGGAACUAGCGAUGAAGAAGAGUUGUCAGAUAUUCACAAAGAUGAACUUGAUGCGCUCGAUACUUCUAAAAUCAUCAAAGGAAGAAGAACGAGAGGAAAACAGAUAGAUUUUAAGGGACAGGACCCUUACGACGACGACGAAUAA